CCAUGAGGUGAUUCUUAGAAGGUGCUGGUUUUCGCCCUACGUGAGUCUGAAGAAAAAAAUGUUGCCUGCUUCCAUCGACGAUUGACAGCAUGAGGACGGAUCCAACGCUCUGACCAAAGAACCCUGGACACAAACCACUGAGGACAACACUGAACGUGGUGAUAGAUAGUCAUGGAUAGAAGGACAGUUUACGUCCUGAUGAUGCUGUGGGUCACGGCUCACCUCAGCUCUCCAGCGCUCGGGCUCCGGGCCAUGAAAAGGACUACUGGGGGGCGCAGGGGAUCCGGUGGGCUGACGGGUCAGGACGCCAACGGAGUGCCGCUCAGACGCUCCAAACGAGGUUGGAUGUGGAACCAGUUCUUUAUGUUGGAGGAGUACACCGGGACGGACAUGCAGUAUGUCGGAAAGCUUCAUUCAGAUUCUGACAAAGGAGAUGGAAGCGUGAGGUACGUCCUCACCGGCGAGGGAGCGGGGACGCUCUUCAAGAUAGACGAGAAGUCGGGGGACAUCCACGCCACCAAGAGGCUGGAUAGGGAGGAGAAGGCUUACUACAUCCUCCACGCUAAAGCUGUCAAUCGCCUCACCAACAUAGCACUGGAGGGCGAGUCCGAGUUCAUCAUCAAGAUCCACGAUAUCAACGACAAUGAGCCAAAGUUCACAAAGGAAGUGUACAUGGCCCAAGUCCCAGAAAUGUCCGAAAUUGGCACCUCGGUAAUUCAAGUGACGGCCAUAGACGCCGAUGACGCCACAUACGGGAACAGCGCCAGGGUGGUGUACAGCAUCGUGGAGGGGCAGCCGUACUUCUCUGUGGACCCAGAAACAGGUCUGAUCAAGACGGCGCUGUACGGCAUGGACCGGGAAGUCAAAGAGAACUACCAGGUCGUGAUCCAGGCGAAAGACAUGGCGGGACAGAUGGGCGGCCUCACAGGAACCACCACCGUCAGCAUCACCCUGUCCGACGUGAACGACAACCCGCCGCGCUUCACCAAGACUCUCUAUGAGUUCCGGGUCCCGGAGACCGUGGAGCUGGGCUCCGCGGUGGGACUGAUCCGAGCCAUGGACGGAGACAUCGGCGAGAAUGCGGAGAUGGACUACAGGAUCAUCUGGAGCGACGGCCCCGGCAUGUUUGACAUCGCCACCAACAGGAGCACGCAGGAGGGAAUGAUUCUGCUCAGGAAGCCUCUGGACUUUGAGAAGAAGCGCCAGUACAGUCUCCGUGUGCAGGUGGAGAACGUCCACAUCAACCCCCGCUUCUUCUCCUCUGGCCCGUUCAGGGACGAGGCCACCAUCAAGAUCGUCGUGGAGGACGUGGACGAGCCGCCGGAGUUUGUGCGCGGCAGCUACGUGAUGGAGGUCAAAGAGGACGCGGCCAAGAACACGAUCAUCGACUCUGUGAGCGCGAACGAUCCAGACGACAAACACAGUCUCAUCAGGUACUCCAUUGAUCGGCGCACAGACAUGGACAGAGUGUUCAACAUCCAUGCAGGCAACGGGUCAUUGUUCAUCCUCAGGGAGCUGGACAGAGAAGAGAACGCCUGGCACAACAUCUCCGUCAUCGCCACAGAGUUCAACAACCCACAGCAGAUCAGCCGUGUGCCCGUUUACAUCCGAGUGCUGGACAUCAAUGACAAUGCGCCGACAUUUGCCACCAAUUACGAGACGUUUGUGUGUGAGAACUCCAAGGCUAACCAGGUGGGUACGAUGAUAUCAAGCUGUUGUCAUGGUUUCAUCUCAAUAUCUCUCAUGGUGGUGUAG